UUCAUAUAGAUAUGGAACAAAUAUUCCAUUUCCUUGCGCUUUUCGAUGUGUCUAAAUCAAAUUAAAAAUUCAAAUCCAACAUCAAAUUCUCCUGAACGUUUCGGCUUCCUUCUCCACUCUCGUCGUUCCGGUAAAACUCACCAACCUCUCCUUUUCUCCAUUGUUAACGGCUCCAUGUUCUCAUGCAUUUACUCAGUUUUAUAAUCUCUACAACGCAUUCUUGUUUUCUUUAUCUUUUAUUCUUAUUUUAAUUCUUGUUUGGUUGUUGUCAUUUGCUUUACUAUGUUGCUGCAGAAUAAUUUAUAACUAUUUUACUGUGAUUGAUGAUUUUUUUGGGUUCUGUAGUUUGCUUUCUACAUGUUGAUUUGUGGGUUAUGAGUGAUUAUUGUUGAAAAUUAAGUAUUAUCAACAAGCUUAUAAUUAGGGUUCUGUAAAUUGUUUAUAUAAGUGAAAUAGAAGAUAGUGGCUAUUUUGAACUUUGCAGCCUGUUACUACGCCAACAACGAUGACUUUUCGCGCUAAAACUUCUGUUCCGGGACAAUUUCCUGAGUUUGGUGCUAUCUUUAUGUGUAAUACUGAUACGAAGAAAGAAUGUUUAGAACGGAAACUGUUAGGGCUUCCGUCAGGUCAAGCGAAUUUUGUAAGGCUGGUUAAAACUGGAAUGAUCUUAUUUCUGUAUGAGUUUGAGAAGAAAGAACUUUUUGGUGUAUUUCAAGCGUGUUCUGAUGGUGCCAUUGACAUUGUGCCCCAUGCGUUUGAAUCUUCUGGGAAACAAUUUCCUGCACAGGUGGAAUUUACCCUAAUCUGGCAUUGUAGUCCACUCCCUGAAAGUGAAUUUCGUCAUGCAAUUAGAGAAAAUUACUUUUCAGCAAACAAGUUUCACUUCGGUUUGUCCGAGAAACAGGUUCUGAAACUCUUGUCAUUAUUCGAUUUAAGAAAAGUAGAGGAUAAACACUUUACAGGACAUUUCACUCAAAGCAAAGUUCCAAAACAACUUGGAUAUGUUGUAGAAAAGACUAGAAAUGCAGUUGAUGAUGGCAGCUGUUCUACACUCAAUAUUGAGCAAGAUGAAGAAAAUGGAAAUCUCAGCCUUGGGUCAAUCAGGAAUCAGUGCUCUGGUGACUACAUCAAUGAUUAUAUACGUGGAAUUAAUGCUCAAAUGCCUGCAAGUGGUUCUACUGAGCAUGAGCAUGAUGCAGAGAGAGGUGUCGGAUUGUUUUUAUCAAACAAGCAGUUUAGGAACCCUAUUUGCGGGGUAGGAAAAUCUGGUGACAGUGUCCAGUUGCUAACAAGCAAUGAGAUAGGAAGAGAAUGCCAUACGGCUAAUGAUCCUAGGUCACUUGGUCCACGUCACUAUCCGGCACAUUCUUUCACUUCAUUUAGAAGUACUCCUAAUCACGUCACAAAUACAAUGAUUUCUGACCAAGAAAACAAAAGGAAUGAGCAUAAUGAUUUCGUGCCUUUUGUGUCAACUAAGUACCCUGAUUUAUUUCAGUUUGAUCCAAUUGUACAUCCAAGCAAGUACAUCUCACAAGAAAAAACUUUAAAUGAUGAUCAACCUCUUCAGUAUUCAGCAACGCAUAGGUCAGUGGUUCCAGAAAAGUUGAAUGUUUCUCAUUCACCAAGUCCUCGAGACGCAGUUGUCAGGAACACUCCGCCUUAUGACCCUGAUGCCCCUGCUCUUGAUUAUAUGCACUCAUCGUUACUUGGGAUAUAUAAGUCAGGGCCCGAAUAUUCUGUUGACAACACUAUAUUUCCGCACCUUGAAAACCAAUCAUUAUUAUCAAAUAUGGAACCUCAAAGUACAAGCAGAUGCUCAAACCUUGAUUCUGAUGUAACUGAUGUGGAUAUCUUUUCAAAAAAUAUGUAUUCUGUUUGUGAGAAGAAACGAGCAAGUGUCUUCUCUCGCCUGGCACCACCUCCAGCUUCAAGUGAACUAAGAACUGAAAAUGUUGACUGUGGUAUGAAUUCAUCAGUGGAUGAAGUUAUGACCAUGUUGCACCAGAGUCAUUUUGAUUGGGUGAAGGAAAACAACUAUAAGAAGCUGAUCAGAAGCCAGGUUGAUAUUGCAGACAAGAGGAAGAAAAGACAGGUAACUGUGAACUCAAGACUGUCAAAAAAUAACUUGGCAACGAGAUCAAGGGAUAAAGGUGCACAUAAUAUUAUUUCUGGUGAAGAUGAAGUCAUCCUAAAUGAAGAAAAGAUACCUUUGUUGGAUUUUAAACGUCGUAGUGAAGUACAAAAGUCUCAGGAUGAUGCCAGUAGCAGGGGAUUUAAUGAGACUAUUGAGAAUAACGGGGAUGGGCAACCUAAGAGGAGGAAGCUGGUUAGGCCAAAUUUUAAUGGAGAUGGAGCUAGCAGCAAGUUUCUUCAAGGUGUUGAAUUUUCGAAUAACUCUUGUCCUUUAAGUCCUAACAGAAAUAGUAGUAACUCAAUAGAACUUAAUUCUCAAUUAGAAAACGUAAGGAAAGAAUUUAAAAAAGUUGAAUCAGUAAACAGUAGUCUGCUAGGAUCUAUUGAACCUGUCAGUUACUGCAGCAUGUCUGAAGAUAUAUGCAGAGGAAAUAUAGAGAGACUGGGUUCCGAUGUAGGCAAAGAGUGUAAGGUAAAUAUCGAAAGUAAUAGGGGAAGCGGAAAUGUUAUCGUUUCUAGCUGUUGUGAAAACAUAAGUGGGUGCAUAUAGGUUUUGCUCCAGUAACCAAAGUUGUCUUCAUCUGGAGCUUGUAGAUGCAGGUUUAAGUAGUGAUGCAAAGGAGAGAGAAAUAUAACUGUUUGUGCAAUUUAGAUGAAAGUGUAAAGAUGGUAAGCAGCUUAAUCAUAUACUGACUGUCCCUCUCUUGUAGUUUCCCCGAACGUGACUUCACUUGCAUAUUUUGUAUACAAGCUGAUAACUAUGAUACACUUGCUUUGGAUAUUGCUACUUUUUUUGGCUGAACUGAAUAGAAAUUUACUUAGGCUUUAGUCAUGAUGCUGUCUUGUUUCAGUUUAAGUUAUGUGAAUCAACAAAUUGUUCAUUGGGUUUUGAUAUUUCA